UUGGAAAAGACUCGAUAACGUGGAAGAAUAAAAAAAAAUCGCUCCUGAAUUUUUCAUUCCUUAGAAAAACAUAUUUUCGCGGUACCGAUUUUCUAAGUUUAAUGUUUUUAAGGAUUUCUCGGGAGCCGAAUAAAUGGCCGGUAUUUGUUGAGGAGGGCUAUAAGUGUCUGGAGUUCGAUUUUCAUUCAUGAUUUUCUCCGGAAGCUCAUCAGGGCGCUAUUCGGGACGGGAGAUGUCGCCACGAGGUGGAAAGAAGGAAAUCCGGUGAUAUCCGGGAUCCGUUAUCGCGGCGCCGCAUGGAUACCUCGAGAUUCCUCGCACUUUUCAAUUUUAUCGAGCUCAGGGUUAAUUUCAAGGUGAAAAAAGGCGAAGCAUGUUCAAAUUCAACUUUUCCAGGGACGAAAUCAAAGAAGAUAAAAAUGUGGAGCAGGGUACGGAGGCUUCGCUCGCGUGGCUCCUAGCCGCCAAAGUGCAGGUCCCUUUGGAAAGUUUCAAUAAGAUCCGGGAAAACUACGGUUCGGAUUGCGACACCACAGUUUUCGGGGAUUGUCAAUUAAAACUCGUGCCUUCUGAGAAGAUCGUGGAGGAAUUGAAGAGCAAAGAGUGCACGUGCAUCCUGCAGGCCGAGGCACGGCACUCGGACCUGCUCCCAGCAGAGUACGAAGGUGGCCUCAAGAUCUGGGAAUGCACCCACGACCUGGGGAAUUAUCUACUGCAGGAGGGGCUCCCAUUAAAAAAUAAAGUAGUCUUGGAUCUUGGUUGCGGAGCGGGCGUUAUCGGGCUAUUCGCCUUAUCAAAGGGAUCUAGGGUCCAUUUUCAAGAUUACAACAAAGAAGUCCUCGAGUCGCUGACAAUCCCGAACGUCUUUCUAAACGCAUCUUCCGCGAAGACAGUGGCCGAGAGCUGCGAAUUUUAUAGCGGGGACUGGGAAUCGCUUAAUAGUUUGCUCUCAAAACGCGACGAGAAAACGGAGGAGAAAAUCUAUGACUUCAUCUUCACGAGCGAGACCAUAUACAAUCCGGAUAGCCACGAGAAACUGUACAACGUCUUCAAGAGGAGGCUAAAGUCAACCGGCACUGGGAAUCAUCAUCAGUUACGUGGCCGGCAAAACGUACUACUUCGGAGUGGGAGGAGGAAUGAGGCAAUUCGAGAACCUCGUCAAGAACGACGAUGUAUUCCACCCAGAAGUCGUAUGGAGGAGCACGGAAGGUUCGCCAAUUUUUUUCCUCCGUUAAUACAAAUCACAUAUCUCUCACGUUUAUUGCAACGAUUAAUACUGUGGAUUCAUUUCAGGCCUGAUGCGAGAGAUACUAAGGCUGACGAGAAAAAACUCUCGAUAGAUUCUCUCUGUAACCCUUUGCGAAGCUACCUUAACCGAAAUCCAAAAUACUACAGCAAAUAUAUUAACAGCUAAAUAAAUUCUCUUUUCAUAUUUUUUUUUUU